AUCAUGUGUGGAUGUGUGGGGUGGGGGCGUCGAUUAAGGAAGGAGCCUUGGAGAAAAGGGAGCAUAAACCACUGAUUACAGGUAUGGCCUCACAUGUGCAAGUCUUCUCCCCUCACACCCUUCAAUCAAGUGCCUUCUGUAGCGUGAAGAAACUGAAAGUAGAGCCGAGCUCCACCUGGGACAUGACUGGGUACGGCUCCCACAGCAAAGUGUACAGCCAGAGCAAGAACAUCCCCCCGUCGCAGCCAGCCACCACAACCGUCAGCACCUCCUUGCCGAUCCCAAACCCGAGCCUACCUUACGAGCAGACCAUCAUCUUCCCAGGAAGCACCGGGCACAUAGUUGUAACAUCAGCAAGUAGCACUUCUGUCACUGGGCAAGUCCUCGGCGGACCACAUAACCUAAUGCGUCGAAGCACUGUGAGCCUUCUUGAUACCUACCAAAAAUGUGGACUCAAGCGUAAGAGUGAGGAGAUUGAGAACACGAGCAGCGUGCAGAUCAUCGAAGAGCAUCCACCCAUGAUUCAGAAUAAUGCAAGUGGGGCCACUGUAGCCACUGCCACCACAUCGACUGCCACCUCCAAGAACAGUGGCUCCAACAGUGAGGGUGAUUACCAGCUGGUCCAGCAUGAGGUGCUGUGUUCCAUGACCAACACUUACGAAGUUUUGGAAUUCCUGGGCCGAGGGACAUUCGGGCAAGUGGUCAAGUGCUGGAAACGGGGCACCAACGAAAUCGUGGCCAUCAAAAUCCUGAAGAACCACCCGUCAUAUGCCCGGCAGGGUCAGAUCGAGGUGAGCAUCCUGGCCCGCCUGAGCACGGAGAGCGCCGACGACUACAACUUUGUCCGCGCCUACGAGUGUUUCCAGCACAAAAACCACACGUGCUUGGUCUUUGAGAUGUUGGAGCAGAACCUCUAUGACUUUCUGAAGCAGAACAAGUUCAGCCCGUUGCCCCUCAAGUACAUCCGCCCCGUCCUCCAGCAGGUAGCCACGGCCCUGAUGAAGCUGAAGAGCCUGGGUCUCAUCCAUGCUGACCUCAAGCCAGAAAACAUCAUGCUGGUGGAUCCGUCCAGACAGCCGUACAGGGUGAAGGUCAUCGACUUCGGUUCGGCCAGUCACGUGUCCAAGGCUGUGUGUUCCACCUACUUGCAGUCCAGAUACUACAGGGCCCCUGAAAUCAUCCUUGGUUUACCCUUUUGUGAGGCAAUUGACAUGUGGUCCCUGGGCUGUGUCAUUGCUGAGCUGUUCCUGGGCUGGCCGCUCUAUCCAGGAGCCUCCGAGUAUGAUCAGAUUCGGUAUAUUUCACAAACACAGGGUUUGCCAGCUGAAUAUUUAUUAAGCGCAGGGACAAAGACAACUAGGUUUUUCAACCGUGACACAGACUCACCGUACCCUUUGUGGAGAUUGAAGACACCAGAUGACCAUGAAGCAGAGACGGGGAUUAAGUCGAAAGAAGCAAGAAAGUACAUUUUCAAUUGUUUAGAUGAUAUGGCCCAGGUGAACAUGACAACAGAUUUGGAAGGGAGCGACAUGUUAGUGGAGAAGGCAGACCGGCGGGAGUUCAUCGACCUGUUAAAGAAGAUGCUGACCAUAGACGCUGAUAAGAGAAUCACUCCCAUCGAAACCCUGAACCACCCGUUUGUCACCAUGACGCACCUUCUCGAUUUUCCCCACAGCACACACGUCAAAUCAUGUUUCCAGAACAUGGAGAUUUGCAAGCGUCGGGUGAAUAUGUAUGACACCGUGAACCAGAGCAAAACCCCUUUCAUCACGCAUGUGGCCCCCAGCACCUCCACCAACCUGACCAUGACCUUCAACAACCAGCUGAACACUGUCCACAACCAGGCUCCCACCUCCACCAGUGCCACUAUUUCCUUAGCCAAUCCCGAAGUCUCCAUACUAAACUACCAAUCUGCACUCUACCAGCCCUCAGCGGCGUCCAUGGCUGCAGUGGCCCAGCGGAGCCUGCCCCUGCAGACGGGAACAGCCCAGAUCUGUGCCCGGCCUGACCCCUUCCAGCAAGCUCUCAUCGUGUGUCCGCCCGGCUUCCAAGGGCUGCAGGCCUCUCCCUCUAAGCACGCCGGCUACUCUGUGCGCAUGGAGAAUGCGGUUCCCAUCGUCACUCAGGCCCCGGGAGCUCAGCCCCUUCAGAUCCAACCAGGUCUGCUGGCCCAGCAGGCCUGGCCAAGUGGGACCCAGCAAAUCCUGCUACCCCCCGCAUGGCAGCAGCUGGCCGGAGUGGCCACCCACACGUCGGUGCAGCACGCGACUGUGAUCCCUGAGACCAUGGCAGGCACCCAGCAGUUGGCCGACUGGAGGAACACCCACGCUCACGGCAGCCAUUACAAUCCCAUCAUGCAGCAGCCUGCGCUAUUGACUGGUCACGUGACCCUCCCAGCAGCCCAGCCCUUAAAUGUGGGUGUGGCCCACGUGAUGCGGCAGCAGCCAACCAGCACCACCUCCUCCCGGAAGACUAAGCAGCACCAGUCCUCUGCGAGAAACGUCUCCACCUGUGAGGUGUCCUCCUCGCAGGCCGUCAGCUCCCCUCAGCGGUCCAAGCGCGUCAAGGAGAACACGCCGCCCCGCUGCGCCCUGGUGCACAGCAGCCCCGCCUGCAGCUCCUCCGUCACGUGCGGGUGGGGUGAUGGCGCGUCCAGCACCACCAGGGAGCGGCAGCGGCAGACGAUUGUCAUUCCCGACACCCCCAGCCCCACGGUCAGCGUCAUCACCAUCAGCAGCGACACGGACGAGGAGGAGGAGCAGAAGCACGCGCCCACCAGCACUGUCUCCAAGCAGAGAAAAAACGUCAUCAGCUGCGUCACGGUCCACGACUCUCCCUACUCCGACUCCUCCAGCAACACCAGCCCCUACUCCGUGCAGCACCGCACUGGGCACCACACCAACACCUUCGACACCAAGGGGAGCCUGGAGAAUCACUGCACUGGGAACCCCCGGACUAUCAUCGUGCCACCCCUAAAAACCCAGGCCAGCGAAGUGUUGGUGGAAUGUGAUAGCCUGGGGCCAGUCAACACUGGCCAGCACUCAUCCUACAAGUCCAAGUCCUCCAGCAACGUGACCUCCACCAGCGGUCACUCUUCAGGGAGCUCAUCCGGAGCCAUCGCCUACCGGCAGCAGCGGCCAGGCCCACAUUUCCAGCAGCAGCAGCCUCUCAAUCUCAGCCAGGCUCAGCAGCACAUCACCGCAGAGCGCGCCGGGAGCCACCGCCGGCAGCAGGCCUACAUCACUCCCACGAUGGCUCAGGCCCCGUACUCCUUCCCGCACAACAGCCCCAGCCACGGCACUGUGCACCCCCACCUGGCCGCAGCUGCCGCCGCAGCCCACCUCCCCGCCCAGCCCCACCUCUACACCUACACAGCGCCCGCGGCCUUGGGCUCCACCGGCACCGUGGCCCACUUGGUGGCCUCCCAGGGCUCAGCACGUCACACCGUGCAGCACACUGCCUACCCGGCCAGCAUCGUCCAUCAGGUCCCCGUGAGCAUGGGCCCCCGGGUCCUGCCCUCGCCCACCAUCCACCCGAGUCAGUAUCCAGCCCAGUUUGCCCACCAGACCUACAUCAGCGCCUCUCCAGCCUCCACCGUCUACACUGGAUACCCACUGAGCCCCGCCAAGAUCAGGAAUGAAAGUUCCAUGCUGCUCAUAAAGAUAAUAUUAUUGUACUAAUUAUUUUGGUUAUUACCAUUGUAAUUAUUCUCGUUCUCAUCAUGUUGAUAUGUUAUCAGGGUUUUUAAGUGCACAUUUAUUCCCAGUAUCUUUGUGUUUUCUCUUUAAUAUUUAAACUUAUGUUAUUAUAUCUGUGAGUCUCUGAGUAGGCAGGAAGGACAUACAGAUGUCCAGUUUUGUUAGACAAAACAACAAAAACAAAACAAAAAAACAAAAAUGAAAGACACAGGAAUUAGGAAAAUUGUUUUUGUCAUCUCUAGUCCACAAAGAGCCAUCAAGAAAGAUCGACCACAGAAUACAAGUUUGAAGAAGAAUCCAGGCCUUUUCUCUGUGCAGGCCGGCUGGGACUCUUGACAACAUGGUCACCGUCUAGAUUCUCAGUGGCCUGGGGAGAGUUCUGAGGUGGCAUCUCCUGGGCCGAACUCUCAGCUGUGGCUCUUCCCACAUCCUCUGUGCCCUCCUGCACUUCCAGAAGCUGCUAACUAGAUUCUUGGCCUGCUUUGCAUCUGAUGCUUACCUGUCAUGCAAAAGAAAGCCCCUCUGCCCAGAGCUGACCAGAUGUCCUUCAUUUUCCCAUCAGCGCACCAGGAGUAUGGCCUGCCUCCUUUAGCACAGAGACCAUUGUCCCCUCCCAGAAGCUACUGAGUGGAAUGAGCUGACGUAAGGGUGGUAGGCUGGUGGUACCUUCCCCUGGGAGGUUUCAGCCUCACUUCCCUACCUUCCACUCACUCACCACACUGCCCACGUCUCCUGUCUCUCCCUUGCUCCCCCAAAUACCUCUUCUUAGCAUGCCAUUCUAGGGACAGAACUAGGAGCCAAAAAUAAAGGUAGAGGGAUGGUCCAAGGCCAGAGGAGUGCUGACCAAGUCAAGUAGCUCUUCAACGUUGUGGGUGCAGCCCCCCGUGAAAGCAUUGGCCAGUGGAGGGGCUCAUACCCUCCGUGGGCUCUGCCGUGUGUGUGAUGAGCUUUCUUUAAUCGCUUGAGGUGCCCGCUACUGCCCGCCAAACCCAGAAACUAUGGGCUUUGGGUUGAGAUGCCGGUUUUGCUGAAGCUUCCUGAUAAAGGGCGCUGUCAGGCUGCACCCAGCCCUGCAGGUGCUCGGCAAACAUGAGCUCAUACUCCCUUCAGCCCCCACCCCCCGCCCUCCUCCUCCAGUCCCAAGCACAGAGCUGUGGGACCAGAAGACCCCAGUGGGAGAGGCCCCGCUCCUUGUGUGCUCCUUAGUGCCUGCCCAGACCUCCCAGCCUGUCCUUUGGCUCUGAAUCACCCUGGCCAGUUGGGUGACUCAAAGCCUGCCUGUCUAGGACCAAGCUCCCAAGUAAAGGGAUGCCAACCUCAGCCUUGUUUCGACCACAAAUAACCUAGAGCUUCAUCUAUUCUUCACUGGCUCAAAAUAAAGAAGCAUAGCAAAGACGAAGAGGGGAAGGUUUAGAAGGACAGGCCAAGGAGAACCAGCUAACUGUAGCCUCAGGAAGGACAGGUGGAUAUGCUUCUGUGCUUAGUGCCUCUUUGAUGACGUUUUGGCUGUUUCCAAGGGAAGGGGUGAGCAGGCCGACGGGUGGGAGAGUCUGAGGCUCGAUGCCAAUUCAUACUGUGAAGCGGUGCAUGUGGUUGAUCGAAUUCAGAGGGAAAGGAAGGGUUGAGGCAAACCCGACGGUUGUCUCCUGGACUGUAUCUGCAUUCUGGCCUUGCUGGCGGUGAGUGGCUUGCAGGCUGGGAGAGCCAGCUGGCCUUGCCCUCUUCACCCUGGAAGACUCAACCCGCCCAAACACCAGAUUGUUGGACGUAAGGAAGGGAAGGUGAGGUUAGCACAGCAGCUAACGGGCUGAUUUCCCUUGACCAGAUCUUUGGAAGUGCAAACACUCAUUUUUGAACAGGCGUGUGGUGGAGGAUUUCGGUUGUGUGAGUGUGUGUGCGUGAGUGGAGCAGACUUUCUUGGAAACCGGAGGAAGGAGGUGAGGAGGCUUAAGGAGCUACUGCUGAUGGGCUGUGGUUGGUCAAACAAGGCAUGUCCGUGGACCGGCCCCAGCUUUCACCCAGGCCCUCUGGGGUGCGCGCACGUAGCAGAGGGAAUUCAACAGGGAGGCGAGGCCUCUCUGCGCAGGCCUGGCCGGCGAUUGCACAACGCCAGCGUGAGCUGUUUUGCCAGGAAACAUUCCAGCCCCGGAAGCACUUUCCAUGCUGUUCUUUCUGACGUGUCUGGAGAUUUCAGGUGGGGAAGCCUCAAAAUUGAGCAGGCCAGAAAUGUCCUUACCAAACUGGAAAGGAAGGCGAAAUGUUCCUUUCUUUAGCCAAAGAACCCUUGUCAAAGACACCUCCAGAUAGGGACAGAAUGGCAUUCCUCUCUUGCCUUUCCGGGCAGUAAUGACAUCAUUAGUGAUGCAGUUCCAUUUGUCUUUCUCUUUCCUCUCUCCUGACUUGUAUUCUUUGUUUAUUGCAUUUAUUUCAAACUGUAUUCAUCUUUUAAGAGGAGUGGAGACUAGUAACCCUAAAUGCUGCUACUGGGAACCCGGAGGCGCCUCAUGAGUACGUGGGCUUAACUGAUGUCAUGUUACCACGGGUACAGACCGGAGCGGACCCUCUGCCAGGAAGCUUAGCUGCGUCGGGGGGGCCCGUGCACGCUGGAGCUGCUCUGGGGGUGUCAGUAUUUUUCCGCUUGGAUGCCUUAGGACUCUCACUUCUACUCUGCACAGACUAGACUCAGUCAUGUCUCACUUGGGCUACUAGAGAAUUGAAGAUGACAAAAGGACAUUUAAACGCAAUAGAAACCUUUCGAAGGCUUUUGGCACCGAUGCUCCCUAGAGUGGCCCAAGCUAGCGGAAGGCCCUCACAUCUUUCUUGCAGCUACCAGAAGUUCCAGAGGGCCAUCCCCAAGCCAGUCGCUCUUUUCAGACUCAGUGAGUGGUACCGAGAAGUGACCCUCCCACAGAACUCACUUCCUCAGAGAGCCUCCUGCUUUCCCCCAGCUUGACUCCCUACAAGUCGUUGAGGGCCCCCAAUCUAGACCGCUGCGCUAGAACGUUCUGUUGACUCCUGUUUGUUAAAACAAACUCAUAGUGUCCCUCAAGGAAGCAAUAGCCAGCAUUUGCUGAAUGCUUUCCGUCCACCAGGCCCCACGCCAAGCCCUGGACGAGCUCACCUCACGGAGCCCUCUUCGCCAUCCCACACACAAAGGAGGAAGCUGACGCUCUCAGAGAGUGGCACAUGUCAAAAACAGGAAAUACAAUGACGGUCCAGAAUCUCCACGUUUCUAGUGAAGUUUUUUUUAAGCAAGACUUCACUGAGAUACCGUUUUGUUUCGCUUUUUUAAUUAACAGCAAUGAGCGACUUCGUGUUUUCUGAGGAACCAUUUAAUGGUACUUCUGUUACUGUGUGCCAAACACUGUGCUAAAAAUUGCUCAUCGGCCACCUCGUUUCAUGUAGUCCCACAACAGCACUCUGAAAGGGGCACCAUUAGCCCCUUUCCAGACGAGGUGCCUGGCCUGGAGCCCAGGGCUACAUGGCUAGUGAGGGAGCCAGGCCUGGACCCGGGAUCUGCCCAGGUCCAAAACCAGGCCCACAGCCGCCAGCUUCUGCCAGCUCCGGUGUGCGUGCAGAGAAAAGCCUGGAAGGAAUGUCACCCCACACCAUCCCCAGCAGAAGUUCUGAAUGAAGAGGGAGCCGUGACCCGGAUGCAAGCAGAAGGGGCAGAAGGCAUUUGACUUGUAGAGAAAGUCUUAGGGGCGUUUCUUUUGAUUCAUAAUAGAAGUCAUUUUAGAUUCCUUUCCAGAGUACCAACUAGCUUUAGUAGUGCUGCUACCACAAACUCUUACGAGUGAAGAGAAAAAGUGUUCUUUUCUUCUUUUAAAAAAAAUAAUUUUUUCUUGCUUAUAGUUAAUUCUAGAAAGGCAAUACUAAAGGUAUAUAUUUUUUUUAAAAUGCUAUUUUUUACUGCACUGAUAAAUAUCAUGACAACUCUGGUCUCUAUAAAUUGAUCCACUUGUCAGCUCUGGGUAGAACCAGAUGCAGGAUUCACACCAAAUGUGUAAAUACCGUGUGUGGGUCUGGUGUCCAGGAACUUUUUUUCUUUGUGUAAUAAAAAGGGGGGAGGGGGAGGAGAAAAACAAGAUGACUCUUGGAAAGAGGAACCAAAUAAGGGUUUCUUUUGAGAUAGCUUUCUCAAAGAAGUGGAAGGAACAGAUGUGUAAACAGAAAAAUCAGCCAAUUUUUAGGAUAUAAGGAAGGAGGGUCUCUUGCCACAGUAUGAAAAUCAUAGUAACACAGAAGCAUUUUUAAUUUGGCUGAACGGUGACAAGAAUUUAGAAAUACUUUAGGAUGUGAUUUUUAAUUUUUGGGGAAACUGUUAUUCUUUGUUAUGAAACAUCUCCUCAGUUGUUUGGGUGGGUUUUUCCAUUUCUUUUUUAGUUAAAAAAACUUUAUCGACUGGCUCCAGGCUUGUUUGCCUAAGUUCUUAGGUAGUUUACACAAGUUCUAGAACCUUCUAGAACUUCAACUCCAUUGGAAGCAAACCCAACUAAUCAGCAUUUAAGAUCCUGGUGGGUUUCAAUAGGUAUUCUGGAAUUCUGACAGAACACCUAAAGAUUUUUUUAAAGAAGGUUUUAGAUACAUUACCUUAUACAAACUGUGACCUAAUGGCAAUAAUUACCUCAAAUGUGGGCAUUCAUCCUGGUUUUAGCCUUUUUUGAAAUCAUGUAGCCAGCUUGAUCUUGGGGUUUAAAAGACUAUGAACUCUGGGGGCUGCAAAUAAUGAUUAAUGCACACCUGGUCAUUGUUGCUUAAGCGAAUUCUGAAAAUAGCUGAUCUUUACAACAAAAAUUAAACCAAGGAAGAGAAUAUUCUUUGUGUGUUGUAAUGAAAUGUGAUAUUCAAAUGCACAUGUUGAGUACAUAUGUUUUUAGCUACUGUAAAAUGUUGUUAGCCUUCUAAGAUGCGAGAGAGAGCCACCUUUUACACACGUAGACUAAGUCAUUGUGGAUACGUAAGCAUAUUUCUGGCUACGUUUUAUAGUUCAAGUGUUUUAUAGUUUACAUUCAAACUGGUACUUUUUAAAGAAAAUUUCUGUUUAUACCUGACAUCUUCAAACCCCAGCGCUUGCCCCUCCAAGGCAGGAAUUUCUAACCAUACUGUUGUGGAGCCCAACACAUGCAUUUCCCUCCACGUUACUGGUCGUGAACGCACGAGACGGUGAACGGGUUUCUGGAUGGAGUGGGACGGGGUGAGUGAUGCGAACACUUGUCUGCAAAGACGCCUUCUCUGUGACACCGUGGAAGAGACAGAACAGAUACCUGGCUCACUGAUUUUUGUCUUGAUUUGAAUGUUUAAUUCCUAUCAAUCCACUGACUUCCAGUCACCGGGCAGUAGAAGACACUGGGAUUCAGGUGGCCCUGAAGGCACAGCUGCCAUUUCUGGGCCUCCAGCAAUACUUUGAUUGGUGUUUUGCAAUGGGGGAGUCAUAGGCCCCUAUGCCCGUACUCACUGGCCAGGUUUUCCAUAUAUCUGCUGUCAUUAAUUCCUUUUCCCCUUUAAAACAAAAUAAAUGCAAAAGGAUGUGUUUACUUUUUACUCUAUAUCAAAGUUAGAUUCGAAGCCUAGGCCAGUGGGAGCCGGGGAGCUAGAUUGCUUCCUAGAGAUGGUGUAAGUGCUGCUGAGCAAGGUGGGGGGCUGGGGGACCUCCGGGCAACUGGGGGAGGGGAGAGGGGCAUUGAGCCCCUCAGAGUAGAGAUCUUCCUUGGGAUGCCUCAGAGAGGCCCCACCCCCGCUGCCCUCCAGGAACAGAUUAGAAAGUGCUGGUUCCCCUAAGAGUUUGGGUUCGUGUCUUGUUUCCUCGCACCACAACUGAAGGGCAGAGGUCCCGCUGAGAUGAAAGGCUCCGGUAGUGGAGAAGACUGGAAAACUGCAAAACCCCCAGGACCAGGGAGCCGUCCGUGUGUGCUUUCCCUGUGAACUCUGUGGACAGUAUGUUCUCGUUACAGACGGUAGGGUAAAAAUACUUUUUAUCUCGCCCCUCCUGCUUUUCCUCUGUUUGGUUUUUGCCUUUGCUUUAACUAACCAAAUUAGUUUUAUGUCAUCGUCCUUGGGGCUUAACCAUGUGUUUAAACACUAGAACCAUAAAAACUAGAAUUUAGCUUUAAAAAAGUUAAAAAAGCGAAUAUCCUGUAUCUGUAUCCUAUAUCCUCCGCCCUUGCUCUCUCUAGUCUCCUUUCAACGACUGUCCACACAUCUCUCCUGGCACUGCCUCCUCACUUCUGGUGUGGGGGCAGUCUCCAUGGCCACCUCAGCCUCCACCCUGCUGCCUCCACAGCCCCACAUCCGGGCACCCAGCACUCCCAGGACGCUCCCAAGAGCCAGGGAGCAGGGUCCACUUGGCCUCAUGAGCGGUGAUCUUGUCUCCCUGUCAGAUAUUCACCCGCUUGGUUGAAGGGGCAAUGGAUUUCUCAUUAUUAUUAAUAUUAUUAUAGUUAUUAUUUUAAUAGUUUUCGGCUCAGGUUAUAUAAGGAAGAACUUGGGAAGUGGAAAGUGACUUGACCAUGCCCAUCCUUUGUAGCUUUUCCGUGACUUCUGAAUGGAACAAGAGGCGUCCCCUACCCCCCUCGCCUCUCCUCGCUCCCAAGCAGACACCCCCACCCCUACCCUGUGGGCGCUGCCUCCGUCUUGGGGUUGCUCGCCGCCCUGUCACCCUCCCUCUCUCUCACUUUUGUGUUACUGCUCAUUUAAAGCUGUCUUCCGUGGCUUUUCCAGGGCACAAUCAUUCCUGGCCCCCAAAGCAUCUCCUCAUCCUGUUCGUGUGCGUUUUUUAACCAAAUGAAGUAGACCAGGAAGUCCUACUUUGGGGCAGCAGGCUUUCUAGUUUAGUAGAAUCACUGUAUAGAUAUAGAUGUUGAUAUAUAUGUUAGUGUAUAUAUAUAUCAAGCCAAAUUUCUGAUAGGAGAAGUAUAGCUUUACGGAUGAGGGGGAAGAGGAGCUUUCAGAAGUCAGGCAGCAUCGGCAGAGUAGAGGAGCCGGGCCGGCCCCGGGCCACACCUCCCCUGAGUGGGCCUGAAGCAUGGCGCCGGGUUCCUGUCACCCACCUCACCGCAGCAGAGGCAGGCGGCCCUGAGGGUGCCACUGCUCUCUCUGGGUCCCCAGCCUCCAGGGUAUACAUAGAUGGAUGAGUGAGGGGGGCCAGCAAAUCAGAACGACUGGAAUUUUCCAUCCCAUUUUGCUUUGACCACACGUAUUGAGCUGCAGCCUUUGAUAUUAUAUCACGUUUCCGAAAGCGGGAUCCAUUAGGGUGGAAAGAGAACAGAUCUGUAGACACGUUUACCUUUCAACUGCCCAUGAAUUCCGGACACUGGAUAGAAAGACUCACUCCCCAGAAUGAGAGCCGGGAAGAGGAGACCCGGUGACGAUGGCUCCCUCCCCAAGGCCACCUUGCCUCCAUCUUCCUCCACCAGGUCAUCUCAGCCCAAUAGCCCUACGAAAGCCCUGGUCUGUUGUGUUCCUUCACUGUACGGUUUCUGUAAUGAAAAGUGUUAAUCCAUGUUAAUCUUUGUGAAAAUUAUUGCGUGCAACAGUAUUUUCUCGUGUACCUCUUUUUCCUAUGUGAAUUGUCCCUCUUUUCUUUUUUAUUUAUAAAUGUCUACUUUUUUAAAAAAAAAAAACAAACCAAUGUGUUGUAGACCUAUAUGUAACCUAUCCCUUAGUCUCAUAUUAUAGGUAUGUUAUAAGAAUGGAUAUUUUACUUGGCUUUAGAAUGUUUUACAAGAAAAAUAAUUCUUAACUGAUCAAGUCCUUGCUACUAAAAAUGCUUGUGUUUUUCAUCAUGAUGUCGUGUGCUUCUAAAUUAAUAAUCAUUUUCGUUGUAGAAAAAUGGAGUGAAUUUAUAUUAGUCUUGGAAACUAAUAAUAGCAUUGUAAAUUUAUGAGAUGAUUUUAACAGAAAAAAUUAUAGAAGAAUAUAGUUAUUUUAAUUGUAAUAUUACUAACUGUAGGGUGAGAAAGGGGGGGGUCCCGUUGUGGUGAACUAUGUUAUAGCUUGUUACUCACAGUUUCUUUUUGAUCAUUUUUUCGGUCUCUGAGGUGAAACGAGUUAUUAAUUAAAAUUUGUAAACUCACAUAUGCAUAUUGUAUAUGUGUAGAAAUGUAAUCACACUUUGUCUUGGAAUUACAUUAAACUGUUUGGAAUCACUGUA